CGCAAUGUUGUUUUGACGUUGUACCAUGUGACACCUAACCUAAAAAAAACAGAUCAUUUUUCCUGCUUUUGCAGACUUUUCUUUUUCGCGUCUUUUCACGGAAAUUUUCACAUUAUGGAAUCUUCCGGUGGAAUCCUAAAUAAACUGAAAGAUCUAGGACCAGAACUGUGUGUGUACUUUGUGGAUAACUUGCUGGAAAAUGAGAAAUCAGCCUUGGGUUCCUUUCACAUCAUUCCAACAGCUCUCCUAAGAGAUCCACAGACUUACACAAAGGGCCUUUUGGUGCUAAACACCUUCUUGGAUUAUUGCACUCCAGAGGAUCUCAAUAAAGCCGGAUCAUCGUGGUUAACGCCACUGAUGAAGCAUAUUUCACUGGACAUGCCAACUAUGUGCUCCGUUGAGUUGUCCUACAGUCUCCUGGGGAAGAUUGUCACAAAGUCCAGCGAAGCAAAGGAACUGGUUAAGACUAUAGCAAGUACAUACCUCUCGAGACUUGUCCUAAAUCUCGUUGACACUCCCAAGAACUGCCACUUUGUUGCCCUUCAAUGCCUUUCGGCCUGUCUGAUGCACUACGGAGGCCACUGCAGUCCUCUUCAGGGUCGCAUUGAAAAGUUCAUUCUGAACUUUGUCGACUCCCAAGAUGAACGGAUUACCCAAGAAGCUGCAAAGUGUCUCCUGUUGAUGCAACAGCUCGCUGGCGGAGGAGUUCAGGGUGUUAAUCACAAUAAAUCCUGGGGCAAACUUCAAAGUCGUCUCUUGGGCAGCCUGUCGGAUACUCUAAUUGCGAUUUUUGGGGAUGAACUCUCAAAUGGAGAUAACGCAGAUACAGAGUCAAAAUUAAAUCUACCAGAAAUUGAUCUGAGCUCUGGCCCACUUAAACGUAUUGUGGAUUUGAUUCAGAGAUUCAGGAAUCUCUGUACCUUCUUCAGUGUGGCCCUCUUGGGACCCUAUAAAACAACAAAACCCGUACAACCGGUGAAAAUUCUGAAGAUUGUUUCGAAAACCGUUGAAGUACUUGGGAAUGCAUCCAGGGACAGUUUGGCAUUGGAAGAUGUAGUCACCGUGAACAUAUUGCCGGCAAUGCACGAAAGCAUUUUGGGACUUUUGAAAGCUGUGAUUGCACUUUUGCGAGGGAAUAUGGUUCUCUUCAGCAGGAGUGUUUGCUCUAUUCUGCUGUCUUCUCUAAAAUGUUCAACCAGAGUCAGUUCCUUGCGUAUUGCAACAUACAAACUCUUUGUCUUCUGGUGCAAUACUGUCAACACAUCGAGUUGCGUUGAGGACAUUUCUGAUUCCUUUAUCACCUCAAUCAUCCAGGAUACUAAGCCUUUUGUCGUGAAAGUGCACCUUCAGGUGAAUGGUGUGAAUGGCAAAAAUAAACCCAGCAAGAGGCUCAAACGGAGACUUGGAGAAAAUUGCGACAAGGAUGAAUCUGAGGAUGAGAAUGUGACUGAGAGACAUUUAAAUGCUGAAAAGUAUGAAGAACUCUGCACAGAAGCUCUCAAUUGUUUGCGUCAGUUGAUUAGAUGUGGUUCGUGCUUCAUGAAGUCACAUCAGAUGAAGCGUAUCUAUGAGCACGCGAUGGCACUCAUGAUGCAAAAUGUUGAAAUUGAUCGGAAGAAGCGUCCUCUCUAUGCCAACAAAGAUUGUCGCAGGAGUUUGUUUUUGGUUCUCAAAGAACUCCUGGUUUCAUCGUUUACAAUUACUCUGCCGCAGAGUCAGUUUCUCAUUCAUGUUUUUGCCCAGGCGCAGCAUUCUGAGCACUGGCAUGAGAAUAGGAUACUCUGUGGUGAGAUCCUUGUUGAUUUGGAGAGGGUUAUUCAUCCACAGAAGCUGGAAUUCAAAUUUCCGCCCAGGGAGGAGAUGGAGCCACUGAAAAUGUCACGUACUCAAUCUCAGGAAAAUAUUCUACUACCAUCGAGCGAUGAAGAUGAAAGGAUUCCUGAAACCCUUCCAGUAACUGAACUGUCUCCUGAUAAACCAUUGUCUCAAGCGACUGAUGAGACUAUUGUGAUGACAAAGGAUACUGAAGUCAAAGAAACAGAAUCAACUGAGAUUCACAUUGAACAAGAUGAAUUUGAAAAAGCUCCUACAGUUGAAGCUGAUGAAAUGAAGAAAGACGAAAAGGAUGGCAAUAUCCCAAUGAUCAACGAAGAUAAUCAAAGGACUGAAAAGGCUGCAACCACACAGGAUAUCGUGCUAGAAAUAGAUUCUGACGAAAGCAACGAAGUUCAGGAACUUUCCGACGAAGAAAUUGUCUUCACUCCCAUUUCAAAUCCACCAGUAACUCCAGCUUUUGAUUCUCCAGAACCCCAACAGAAACGUCCCCGAAAGUCUCUGAUAAUUAUCGAUGAGGAUUCCAAUGAUGAAGAUGUCACAGAUUUGGUCAGUUACUUUGUGGAUGAUCCGUAGCUUUUUAAUUUUUUUCUAACUUUGGACUACUAUUAUUAAAUGAAAUAAAAUAACUUUGAAAUAAAAAA